GUGGGAGCACCUGAAAUGCAGCGUUUAGUGCACUAAGUCGUAGCGGCAGCACCAGGCACAGCGACUGCGCUGUGGCCCUGUGUAGAAGCUCCAUCCCCCUUGUCUUUGUGUUUGCCUGCGUCCCCAGACUCAGAGAUUAUCUUAGAAGACCUAGAACUCCAAAAAUGUUUCCCCUGGAGGAUGCUGAAAUGGGAGCCUUUACCUUCUUUGCCUCGGCUCUGCCACAUGAUGUUUGUGGAAGCAAUGGGCUUCCUCUUACACCAAAUUCCAUCAAAAUUUUAGGGCGCUUUCAAAUCCUUAAAACCAUCACCCAUCCCAGACUGUGCCAGUAUGUGGAUAUUUCUAGGGGAAAGCAUGAACGACUAGUGGUCGUGGCUGAACAUUGUGAACGUAGUCUGGAAGACUUGCUUCGAGAAAGGAAACCUGUGAGCUGUUCAACGGUUUUGUGCAUAGCAUUUGAGGUUCUUCAGGGCUUGCAGUAUAUGAACAAACAUGGUAUAGUACACAGGGCAUUGUCUCCUCAUAAUAUCCUGUUGGACCGAAAGGGACAUAUUAAAUUGGCUAAAUUUGGACUUUAUCACAUGACAGCUCAUGGUGAUGAUGUUGAUUUCCCAAUAGGGUAUCCCUCAUACUUGGCCCCUGAGGUAAUUGCACAGGGAAUUUUCAAAACCACUGAUCACAUGCCAAGUAAAAAACCAUUGCCUUCUGGCCCCAAAUCAGAUGUAUGGUCUCUUGGAAUCAUUUUAUUUGAGCUUUGUGUGGGAAGAAAAUUAUUUCAGAGCUUGGAUAUUUCUGAAAGACUAAAAUUUUUGCUUACUUUGGACUGUGUAGAUGACACUUUAAUAGUUCUGGCUGAAGAGCAUGGUUGUUUGGACAUUAUAAAGGAGCUUCCUGAAACUGUGAUAGAUCUUUUAAAGAAGUGCCUCACCUUCCAUUCUUCAAAGAGGCCAACCCCAAAUGAAUUAAUGAAGGACAAAGUGUUCAGUGAGGUGUCACCUUUAUAUACCCCGUUUACAAAACCUGCCAGUUUGUUUUCAUCUUCUCUGAGAUGUGCUGAUUUAACUCUGCCUGAGGAUAUCAGUCAGUUGUGUAAAGAUAUAAAUAAUGAUUACCUGUCAGAAAGAUCUAUUGAAGAAGUUUAUUACCUUUGGUGUUUGGCUGGAGGUGACUUGGAGAAAGAGCUUGUCAACAAGGAGAUCAUUCGAUCCAAACCACCUAUCUGCACACUCCCCAAUUUUCUCUUUGAGGAUGGCGAAAGCUUUGGACAAGGUCGAGAUAGAAGCUCGCUUUUAGAUGAUACCACUGUGACAUUAUCGUUAUGCCAGCUAAGAAAUAGAUUGAAAGAUGUUGGUGGAGAAGCAUUUUACCCAUUACUUGAAGAUGACCAGUCUAAUUUACCUCAUUCAAACAGCAAUAAUGAGUUGUCUGCAGCUGCCACUCUCCCUUUAAUCAUCAGAGAGAAGGACACAGAGUACCAACUAAAUAGAAUUGUUCUCUUUGACAGGCUGCUAAAGGCUUAUCCAUAUAAAAAAAAUCAAAUCUGGAAAGAAGCAAGAAUUGACAUUCCUCCUCUUUUGAGAGGUUUAACCUGGGCUGCUCUUCUGGGAGUUGAGGGAGCUAUUCAUGCCAAGUACGAUGCAAUUGAUAAAGACACUCCAAUUCCUACAGAUAGACAAAUUGAAGUGGAUAUUCCUCGCUGUCAUCAGUACGAUGAACUGUUAUCAUCACCAGAAGGUCAUGCAAAAUUUAGGCGUGUAUUAAAAGCCUGGGUAGUGUCUCAUCCUGAUCUUGUGUAUUGGCAAGGUCUUGACUCACUCUGUGCUCCAUUCCUGUAUCUAAACUUCAAUAAUGAAGCCUUGGCUUAUGCAUGUAUGUCUGCUUUUAUUCCCAAAUAUCUGUAUAACUUCUUCUUAAAAGACAACUCACAUGUAAUACAAGAGUAUCUGACUGUCUUCUCUCAGAUGAUUGCAUUUCAUGAUCCAGAGCUGAGUAAUCAUCUCAAUGAGAUUGGCUUCAUUCCAGAUCUCUAUGCCAUUCCUUGGUUUCUCACCAUGUUUACUCAUGUAUUUCCACUACACAAAAUUUUCCACCUCUGGGAUACCUUACUACUUGGGAAUUCCUCUUUUCCAUUCUGUAUUGGAGUAGCAAUUCUUCAGCAGUUGCGGGACCGGCUUUUGGCUAAUGGCUUUAAUGAGUGCAUUCUUCUCUUCUCCGAUUUACCAGAAAUUGACAUUGAACGCUGUGUGAGAGAAUCUAUCAACCUGUUUUGUUGGACUCCUAAAAGUGCUACUUACAGACAGCAUGCUCAACCUCCAAAGCCAACUUCUGACAGCAGUGGAGUCAGAAGUUCGGCACCUUAUUUCUCUGCUGAGUGUCCAGAUCCUCCAAAGACAGAUCUGUCAAGAGAAUCCAUCCCAUUAAAUGACCUAAAGUCAGAAGUAUCACCACGGAUUUCAGCAGAGGACCUGAUUGACUUGUGUGAGCUCACAAUGACAGGCCACUUCAAAACACCCACCAAGAAAACAAAGUCCAGUAAACCAAAGCUCCUGGUGGUUGACAUCCGGAAUAGUGAAGACUUUAUUCGUGGUCACAUUUCAGGAAGCAUCAACAUUCCAUUCAGUGCUGCCCCUUCACUGCAGAAGGAGCUUACCCAGGGCCCUGCUGCUAUGCUCCAGAACUUCAAAGGGAAGGUCAUUGUCAUCGUAGGGCAUGUGGCAAAGCACACCACCGAGUUUGCAGCUCACCUUGUGAAGAUGAAAUAUCCAAGAAUCUGUAUUCUAGAUGGUGGCAUUAAUAAAAUCAAGCCAACAGGCCUCCUCACUGUCCCAUCUCCUCAAAUAUGAAGAACCAAGAGUGUGACUGCCAAAAGUCAGCGUGGCAUCAGCACCAACAGCACAGUUCUUCAUAUCCAUGCCACUCUCAGACAAAACUAGAUGUCUAGAUUGUUGCAUUUCCAUAAAGUUUGUCAUGAGACGUUUUUAAAAAUCUCAUAACCCACAUGUUCAGCUAUCCACACAAGAAAUUUGACUGUACAUGUAUUGCUGAAAGAAUUUUUCUCAACAGUGAAAUCUGAUCAUAUAUUUUUACUACACUGCCACAUAAAGCCCAAGAAAUUCAGCUGAUGAGACAGAUUUAGCAUUAUCAAGAAAUCCCAGUUGCCCUGAAAAAGCUGUCCUCCAUUGUACUGAACAGACAGUCCUGUUGAUUGUAUUAUUUAGAAACAUACACUGAAUGUGGGCUAAAAUCAUCAUCUUUCCAUGAUAAUGAAAAUUGAGAAACUAUUCACAAUGCCUUCCUUAUAAAUAAAUGCUACAUUUAGUAACUCAUUUCACCCAAA